UAAGGCGGAUGCAGAUGGCGACAUGCGGCGACCUUAACGCGACGCGGGCGCUGAUGGCGUCGGGGCUGGCGGAGGAUCGCACCGAGGAGGCGGGGAAGGCUCGAACCACAGGGAGCGGGCCCUGGCGGUAACCGACGGACCGAGCAAGAACCAGAAGCCGAGACCGAGGAUGGACGUAUGGCGCGGUGGGAUUCAUUACCUCUCGGCUGCCAUCUUGUGUCCUCUAGCAGCAGCAGGAACUAGCAUGUUAGCUUGCUAGCGGAGGUGUCAAACUUAAUUUUGGCCUCUGUAGCAGGGUAAGAGGUCAGCCGUGUAAAAACAUCAUCAUGUUCUACCUGGAGGCUACUAGCAGUUAGCAGCUAAAAGCUAGCUUAGCACUGUGACCGUGGUAGCAGAAUUCUUGUGUCAAUCGAGUAACGUUAGCAAUGUAGCAACACGGAUUAGCCUGCAUGUUCAGUGGCUAGCAGCUAGCGUGGGCGGGGCAGGGGUGUGAUGGAGUACCACUCUGGUGGCAGCCCGCCCCUGCUGGGGAGACCACGCUACUGCCCCGGCGCCAACGCUAACGGAGGCUACCUGUGUGAGACGGGCCACUGCUGCGGCGAGACGGGCUGCUGCACGUACUACUAUCAGCUGUGGUGGUUCUGGCUGCUGUGGACCGCCCUCAUUGUGUUCAGCUGUUGCUGUGCCUACCGCCAUCGGCGUGCCAAACUGCGGGCGCAGCAGCAGCGGCGCCAGCAAGAGAUCAGCCUGCUGGCCUAUCGGGGUGCCGCCUCCUACCCCUCCUCCAUGCUGGACCUCAGCUUCCUGGCGUCUCUGAAGUUGCCAUCGUAUGAGGAAGUGGCGGCUCAGCCCCCUACCCCGCCUCCCCCCUACAGCUCCGUCUUUACGGCGCCGCGCUACCCGCAGCCCCCGCGAACGGCAGACCCCCACUUACUCAUGCAGCAUGGGCGCCCGCAGCACCGCCCCUUCAGUGACGGCCCCUCCUCGCUCAGCUCGGACAACAGCUCCAGCUGUUCCUGUGACUCCUGCUGCCCCUCCUCUCCAUGUAGCUCCUCCCUCUCCGUCCCUGUGACCUAUGAGACGGACACCAGCCACGCCUCCACGCCCAGCGAGCAAGCAGACCUCUCUCUCAAUAUCGCGGCGCAGGAAGCCGGCGCCUCCUUGCAGGCGUCUCCCUCUCCUGGCGUAGAUGCCACACCUCCCAUGCCGCAACAACAGUCCCUCCCCAGCCCCAUUCUAGCAACCACUUUGCCACCAACCCAAUCUCCUCCAGCGGCCGUCUGUGUUACUUUGGAGCUGGCUGACAUUCCAACUAAUGUGCCUCUCGAAGACCCGGAUGGAAGAGACACAACUUGCCCCGCCCCGACUGUCUUACCCCCCGACAUCACUAUCGAGCCCGUGGCGGCUACCUCUCCCUUCCUCCCCGACCCGCCCACACGCACCUCCACUUCCUGGUUGUUCCCGCCCAAACAGACCCUCUUCUCGCCGUGUGUGGACGUCUUUGAGGCCGAAGAGGAGGCGGAACCGGAGGACGAAGAUGACGUGGACGCCGACGAGAGCCAGUAUCGACAUCGCCGACUGACCGGCGACUCCGGGAUCGAAGUGUGCCGCUGCCAGGUGGAAGACGACCAGGGACGGGAGGAAGACGCAAUCCCGGAGAAGCGAUCUGACCUCCAUGACAGUGCGGACUGCCCUGCCAGAGGCGUGGCCACACUUAGCGAUUCCCCUGAGGAAGUUGGUGAGGUGGUGGUUGUCGUGGAGACGGCAUGACAAGAUGACAGGUUCACUGAGAUCCUAAAUGCCUCCUUAUGGGAUGUCUUCAAAGGUCCACCGGUCCACAGAAGGUCUCUCCUAAAAGCUGGCCUUGCCCUUCUCUCGUGCUCGAUGGCCUGCUUUUGUUUUUCUUUAGCUGGUUCGGGUUACUACAGUACUUGACUUAAAGCUCUCAUUUUAUAAACUUUUUAUGACCCACAAAAACAUUUCCAUAUGUCAGAACUGAAAAAUAAAAACAAACAUCAUGAUAACGCCAAUCCACGCGUACUAUGCUAGCCCACUGCUAGCUAACCCCAGCAUGAGGAAUGUUUCAGCUGGACAUUUAAAGGACAUCUUUUGUCCUGUGCUGUUAUUAACUUAAUAAUAAUAUUUUAAGUGAUUUUUGGGUUUUUUUCAUUGUGGGCUCUUUAGUCACAUGCUGUCGAGUGUUUGUGUUUGUUUAGCGCUUCAGUUUCCGAAAGCUAAUAACCCUUUAUUGUGUCAUAAGAAGGCAGGGAAGACCUUACGAUGCUAAUUAUUGUUCUGAUGUCAGCCUGUGCUAAAAGUGAAGUUAAUAAACGGAUCACAUGUUAAA